UUAAAAAAUUGAUGCUGAAGAUUACCGGUUCCGGUGAUCAGCGUUGGGAAUCUGAGCUGGGGUGGUAAUGGGAAGACGCCAAUGGUGGAAUACAUUUCUCAAUUCCUCGUUGAUUCUGGACUUUCACCUCUUAUCCUCACUCGUGGUUAUGGUGGUGGAGAUGAAGCCAAAAUGCUUAAAAGACAUCUUCAAGGUGGACCGGUAAAGAUUGGGGUUGGUGCAAACCGGGCAUCUACCGCUGCUUGGUUUUUCGAAAAGUAUGGCUGUGUAGAUCCUUCUAGUAUAAGGUCAUUCUUUGAUCUUCAUGAAAGAGCAGAAGCUAUGAACAUUUCGCAGAAAAUUGGAGUAGUUGUUCUAGAUGAUGGGAUGCAGCAUUGGAGUUUGUCUCGUGAUCUCGAGAUUGUGAUGCUUAACGGGAUGAAUCCGUGGGGAAAUGGUCAUUUAGUUCCCCUUGGUCCCUUACGUGAACCUCUUGUGGCGCUUGAGCGGGCAGAUAUUGUUGUAGUACACCACGUGAACUUGAUAACUAAACAAAGCCUCAGAGAUAUUGAGAACUUUAUACAAGGAUUCAAAAAGUCGAUCCCGAUUUUUUACUCCAACAUGGUGCCCAAAUUCCUGUUCGAUGUUAACAAUGCUAAGUCACAUCUCGCUUUAGAAGCAUUGCGAUGUGCAUCUGUGCUAUGUGUUUCCGCAAUUGGAUUCGCUGACGCAUUUGUCAAGAGCAUUGUGAUGACAGGAGCACGUUAUGUUGAUAGACUUGAUUUCAGUGAUCAUCAUUUAUUUGAAGCACAGGAUGUGGAAACUAUGAGGAGGAGAGCAAAGGGACUAGAGCAAAAAACUAAUUCCAAGCCUAUCAUUGUGCUAACUGAAAAGGAUUAUGAUAGAGACCCGGACAUCCUCAAAUGUCUGGACUCUUACACAGUCUUGGUUCUAUGCUCUGAGUUGCAAAUAACUCAUUUUAGAGGAACUGAUGGGGAUACCUAUAAAUCUACACUUACGAGAGUAGCUGCUAAGUUUUGUGUUUCUAAUUAGAUUCAAGGUUUUAUCUUACUGCAUUUUGUUGUUGUGGAUCAUUACUCUUUUAUAUGGUUGCUACUUGCUAGUGACUUUUAACGAAUUAUUAGUGUGUCAUCUGACAAUAUAGCUCUGGGACAAAUAUUUUGAAUAUUUUGCUUCAAAGGUUACUAUAUAUGUUUUCUCUC